AUGAUCCCAUCUCAAAUCGGCUCUUACAAGAAUGAGGCUAUGACUGCGGAGCUCUGUGCUACACAGUACUGCAAAACAUCAGCCUAUUUCGCCACGUUCGAGUCAAACAGAUGCUACUGUCACCACGCUGCACCGACCAAGCGCGUUGCUGAGUCGGAAUGCUCUUCGCCGUGUGCAGGAUCGAAAACCGAGCUCUGCGGCAGCAACACCAGGGCUAACUUCUAUCGGCGGGAUCCUCGCGUGUUCAAGCUUCCUACCGAUUCAAGCACCACCAAGCUGGCCUCGUUCUCGUUCAAGAGUGAUUCCGACCUCCAGCUCUGGACUGGCUCUAAGGGAGCAGAAUCCUCCUUCGUGCCUGGAAACACCAACCCCACGGCGCUUAAGUUAGAGUCGAGAACGUCGCUGACGACGUCUGUCAACGCUACGAUCGGUGCAACUUACCGGAUUUCGCUCCGCUACAUGAUGGGAAAUGUUUGGAGGAGUGGUCGCCUCAUGACUCUUGAAGCCUCUGCUGAAUCGGGAGAAGUCUACAAGAAGCAGAUGGCUGAGUUCAGUCCUGGAUUCACUUUCGAAGAGUGGCAAACCAUGUCGAUUGAGGUUACUGCCAAAACAGCAAAACUUUCUGUCAAGCUGGAGUACAGGCCAACGCCGAAUGGGGGCUAUGCGAUCUGGGAUAAUCUGGCGAUCGACCUCAUCAAAGCCCCGAAGUCCUGA